UGAUUUGGCAAUUUCUAUCCAAAAUUAUUAAUAAAAAACAUUUUCAUUCAGAGUUUCCUCGUAAAUUCUCUAAAGUCAACGUUUCCUGAAAGAUAAAUCAUAAUGGGUGGUAAAGCAGUCAUGGAAACCAGAUUAGAAGAUUUUGUGAAGUCAAAAACUGCAGAAUCAGUGUAUUUAGAUUUAUCAACUCCAUCAGUAAUUGUGGUAAAGAGGAGGGGGAAACAGGGUUCAAUUCUUCUUGGAACAUUUUGGAUGAACGUUUUACAGCAUCCAAACAACUAUCCAGUCCAAAGAUACCCUUACAGAAAACUGUAUGAUAAAAACGGACAUUACAAAGUCAUGUUAAGAGUGGACGAUGUCUCCAUCACUGUCUACAUGACCACUGGUACUCUAACAGUUCAGGGCAGUUUUGUCUUGGACUGGUUUCUGAAGAGAUUUUCCAAGGUUAUGGAUGCUUAUGAUAUGCCCCCAAUGGAGCCCCAGCCAGUGUCUGAUGGAUAUUUGGAGCAUGAAAGGAAGUGGAAUGAACUCAUGAAAAAAGAUGCAGAAGAAAAAGAAAAAAUACUUCACAAACAGAGAGAUCUAGAAGAAAAGGCCUUGACCCUGGACAAUAUGCCACCUCUAGAAAUUGCUUAUGCAAAUGAAGAGAUAAAUCCCACAAGAGACCAGGUGACAGAGGAAAAGAAGAGUUCUGACAAAGAGGAGGCAACUCUUGAGGACCUCACUGAUGACAUGGAACUUCUAUCACUUGACCUUUGGACUGAAGAUGUGUUAAAAAGACAACUGACACACCUUGGAACACCAGUAAUUAAAGAUGGCCCCACCUAUAUUUACAAACUCUGGAAAUCUCUGCUUUCUCAUUGGCUGUCCAACCCCGACUGCCAUGUUUACUUAGCCACGCCCUUCCUUGACACCGAGAGAAUGAUUGACAUUUGUGACCUUGUCCUCAAAAACUUCACUACAGCAAACAUUGAAGCUUUCUUUGUACGCAUCAAAUGUAACUAUACAGAAAAAAUCUCCGAUGUCAAGAGAAAUGCUCAGAAUCAUUUCCCAGGUAAACAGCAGCCCGUCAUCGAGUACAAAGUGUACAACAGCAUUGUAUAUCCUCUAUCUACAUUCCACGCAAAAUUUAUUGGUUGUACGGAUGGAAAGGGAGGAGCAGAGGUUAUGGUUACUAGUGCCAACUUCACAGCUGAUCACUUUAAACAUCACAAUACAGAGUCAGUCGUGUACCAUACUAUGUCUGAAGCUGAUUUUAUACACCGAUUCAUCAAACCUCUUUCACACUCAAGGCAAACAUGAAUUAACCUCCAGUUGUUUUUAUUUAGAACGGUAUAUACAUUUAUGUAAUUUACGCCUAAGAAUAUUUAAAGAGGCAAGAAUAUAGUGUAUCUAUUGUCAAUGCAAACUGACAUGAUUAGUAAUAGAUUCACUGCAUUGUCUCAAGCCACAGGUUUUGUGUCCAUUCUAUUUCCACAUACAAUAGAAUGGAC